AUGAGAGGGGCUAUAGGCCACAGCGCGGUAUUGCCACGACUGUUUCAUGGGACUUCGGCGUGUCGGCAGCGCGGUGCUGUUGUACGCACGAUUGAGGCUGCCCUCCCUGCCGUGGGCGGCCAUCCAGAUAUACAUGCCUUCCAGCAAAAGGCUCUGAUUCCAAAGAAGCCACUUGUUUUCCGUCAUGGAGCGGGCUCCCCAACCUCUCAACUCUCGGCAGCUGCCAAAUGGUUCACGCAAGAUGACUCUGGGAGGCGCGUGCUGACGGAUCAUGUUAUCAACUUCAAUGACUGGCCAUUUCCCUAUGAAUUGGUUCAAUCUUCACCGCAGAAGAGAGACGCUGUAAUCAGCUUUCGCGACUGGCUUAUGCAGAGCUCGGCAAUCAGCGACCAAAUAAUGGCGGGCAUUCUGCAAACAGCUAUCACUGAAGGCGAGGGCCUUCAGUUUUCUCAGCUGUAUGGGCCUCUGCUCCUCCUGGCCAAGGCUCUCGAGUUCAACAGGUUGCAGGAUUCAAAACGCUUGAGCACCCUGGAGCUUUACAUAGCACAGUCAAUGCUGUCCGACCUACCGCAACCACUGCAAGAUGACUUGCGCACACCAGAGCUGGUCCGCCGCGCCGGGAAAGGCGAUGUGUACAGUUCGUCCGUCUGGCUGGGCACAGAGCCUACCUACACUCCGCUUCACCGAGACCCGAACCCGAACUUGUUCUGUCAACUGUGUGGAAACAAGUCCCUUAGGAUAUUGCCGCCCGCUAUUGGAGAACGACUGUACUUCGAGGUGCAAGUGAAAAUUCGGCAGCACGGCAACAGUCGUAUCCGAACAACCGAGAUGAUGGAGGGAGAUGAGAGAGCAGCACUUCAUGACGCCGUCUGGAGUAACGAUGAAUUGGUAGAGCUGCUGCUGGAAACAGAGCUUGGGCCCGGGGAUGCACUAUUCAUCCCUGAUGGAUGGUGGCAUUCCGUGAAGAGCACGGGGACUGAUGGGCAGCUUAAUGGGUCGGCCAACUGGUGGUUCCGCUAA